AUGAUAGGCAAGUGCGCCUGCACCCUCGUCAACCUCCGACACACAAAGGCAUCAGAAGCGAUAUUCACCACCACCCAUUCAGGACGCCUGUGGCCCACGCUACCGCCCUCACACGACGACCACAAGGCCACCGCCCCAGCCCACCCACUCGAAAUCGACGGCCCAACCCUCGUCUGGCGCCUCGAGCGCGUCCCCGCGCCCUCCUCCCACGAAACAACCAUCCAAUUCCUCCGCCGCGUCUCCAAAUCCCAAGACGAAAUGGUAGCCCACACCCACGCGCCCCUAGGCAAAGUCCUGCGCGGCCUCCUCUCCCAACCCCCACAAUCAGAAGGGGAAGAAAACAAAGCAAACAGCUCCGCAGACACGACCCUAAUCAACCGCAUCCUCUUCCACCAGCUCUUCAACUGGGUCCUCGAGAAAAUCAACAACGGCAGCAUGAGCAGCACAGCGGAUUCGCCCCUCCGAGUCGUGGACAUGCUCUCGCAGGCGGAUCUGAGCCUCGUUUGGGCGCCUUGUCUCCGCCCCGAUAAUGUCUGUGGGCUGGAUAUUCGCUACCGCCAUGGGCAGUUCGAGGCGGGCGAAGUUGAGAGUCUUGCGAGGGAAUUCUUGGAUACUAUGGCUUGGUUGGCGGAGCCCGGGAAUUUGGAUAGGUCUGUUGUGGAGUGUGUGGUUUCUUGUGGGGAUGUUGCUGCAGCUGCAGCUGCUGCAGAUGGUGUUGGGAAUGGUGUCGCAGACGGUGUUGAGAAUGGUAAUACGACCGCAGCAGACGGUAUUGGGAAUGGUACAGUGGGAGACGGCGCUGGAGACAGUAAUGAGAAGGAUGAAGAUGCCGAUAAUGAGGGUCGACGGAAGAGGAGAAAGCUGUGUACUUGA